AUGAACAUCCAGGCAUUUCGAGAAUUGCAGUCAAAAGUGGUCAGUCCCAGUACGCAGAGGAACUACGCAUACCGCAUUCAUGCUAUCAUAGCUUUCUUCAGGUCUCACCCACGAUAUCAUGCAGCUCUGAAUGAAACCUUGGACGACCUCGUUUUGCCAUUGCCAUACGAUGCAUUAGUAGCAUUCUUCGGUUGUUUGUCGCAAAAGGAGCGGGUCAGGGAUAAGAUCAAGCAAUCAAAAGCGAAACGUAUGAAGAAGGGCACUCACCCAAACAUGCAGAUCAAUGGCGAUCACGUGGAAGUCGAUGAUGAAGCCGAAGAUGAAGCAGGCCCAUCACAGUCGCAUGCUUCAUAUGAAGAUGAAGAUGAUGAUGUUGAGAUGGAUGAUGACGUUGAAGAACAAGCAGGCACCACCAGCAAUGAUGUUGAAUUGGUAGUGGGACCCACUGGCAUUCAAGACGUGAAUUUUGUAACCAGUGCAGCGGACAAACCGACAGUAGCAGUGUCUACGAUACGAGGGUACAAAGGUGCGUUGAAGUACCUGUACCAAUGUAGACACAUGGAAUUUGUAGCUAGGGACAUGCCAGAAGGAGAAGCAGCAGUGUGUAUAGACGAGGUGUUGGAACGUUGCAUGGAGUCUUACACGAAAGUAGUUACAGAGAAGAAAUCUCGAGGAGUGAUGCGCAUUCAUGAAGGCAGAACGGGGAUAAGCAUGAAGGCAGAACGGAACAGCAGACUUUGCUGUACUUCCCCCCCACUUCACAACGGAAGGAUUGAAGCAAAUAGAAGAGAUCGGCUGGGAGAGGUUCAUAUCAGGUUACAGCAGUUUCCCGGCAGGAUUUCAAAAGUGUAUCCGCUUCUUCCUUGCAAGUAUCUUACUCCAACCAAUACAGAAAUAUUGAAAGGCGUGAAAGAGAUGAGGGUUGAAGUGCGGGAUGCCAUCAAGGAGGAGAUGAAGGUAAUCGAGGAGACGAUGGAUGAGAAGAUGAAUGGAAUGAAGGAAAUACUGGACCAGAAGUUUGACGAUCUCAAAACUGUAAUGAGGGACGAACUGCGAACGAAUUUAGGUUUUGUUGCUGGACGGAGGAGGGAUGUACCAGGUCCCAGUGGGGGGCAAGUUGCAUCUGGAAGCAUGGACUUCACAGAUGCUUUCCGCAUCGUCAUGCAACAGAUGGGUGGUCAUAUACGGGAGCAGGUGCAGGCCGCCGUGGGGGAAGCUAUGCGACAGAUGGUACUGGAUGGAGCAGGCCAUGGUAUGAUGGCACAUGGGGUGAGCAACGUGAUGUCACAUGCUGGCUCGAAUGGAAGAUUGAAUGAGAGUGAAUCGGAGGGGGUGCAGAAGGGGAUGAUGGCAACGAGUUCGAAAUAUGUUCAUGUGGUGGAAUUUGGGGCAAGAUGUCAUCGUGCAAGGACAAACGUGUCGAAUGAUGAGAACACGAGGAAGAAUGUGUACAAAGCAUAUUAUGUGAUGACCAUGGUGGAAGAUAUAUGCCGAGAGCAAGGAAACUGGUUUCCGUACACUGGUGGAAAGGGCGUACGGAGAAGAUGCAUGGACGGCGAUGGCACAGAGAAAGAGACAUUUUCCAAAGCACGUAGUGUAGAGCAUGUACAGUUCGUUCCUGAAUGA